AUGACCUCCCUCAUUAACAGCCACUCCGUCAACACCGUCUUUCCUGACCAUGACGCGUGUUUCGGUGACGGAGGCAAUCUGAGCAGUAUUUGCCAGGUCCCGUCGGCUAUGAUGAUCAACUUUCUGAACAUAACUAACCCUUCAGCAUACCUCGACAUGUACUGCCUCAACCCGCCUUCAGAUUCCUGCAGCUUUGGAUAUUGUCCCAACAGUGACGUUGCCAGUCCAGCUGUGCGGUUUUCUGCCUACUUCACCUCCAUCGUCUCAGCGAUUCUGGUUCUCUACUGCCCAGACGAGAUUACGGGCUCGUUCUUUGCCCAGCUGCUCAACAUAUAUUCCCAAGUCAUUGCGGCAGUCGUCGCAAUCGGCAAACAUGACUUGACCAAGCUGCACAGCGUCAUAGCGCUUUCGCUCGCCGCAUCACCACUCAGUGUUUACCUUGUUUUUUACGUCCUCCGCACUCUGCUUGGACGGGAAACUCGGUUGAAAGUCGUACUAGGGGAGCAUCACUAUUUGAAUCGCGCAUUGGUCCUUUUGGCAGUGCCACUUUGGAUCAGUGUGCUGAUAUUCAGCUCAAUGCCGACUCACAUUUGGGAGUUCCAGCAGGCUGCGUGUGAUAUAGAAGUUGCUCGGAACAAGAUGGCCUCACUCUUUUUCCUGCCCUUCGUAGUUUUCUUCGAGGCGUACCCUGAAGUCGGAUCCCUGCUCAUCGUCAGCCUCGUUAUUCCGUGGUCAGUGGCUAUCUGGCGCCUUAGGAUAGUCAUUUGGGCCAGACAUGACCGAUAUCUACCUCUUGCGCGUCUUUGGCGAAAAGUUGUCGAACACUAUCCAUUCAUCCAAUUCUACACGGUCCUCGUUCUGCCUCAUACUGUUUGGAUCUUCAACUUGGAAUUUGGGCUUGCAUCUCUCUCUCCCCGAGAGAAAUUUACUGCUACGUAUGGCCAGCUUCUGGCAAUAUUUGUCACCAUCCCUCCACUCAUAUCGCUCUGCCUGCUGCUUUCGCAACUACCGCCGUGGUUCGCUGACCUGACCUGGGUCCGAUUUAUUGCCCGUCGUGGUGACAAGCCAUACAUUUCAAAGCAAAAGAGGGAACAGCAAGAACGGAAGGACUCGACGCUCACGACCGCUUCGACGGAUGCGGAGAAAGCACCGGUAGAUGGACUGUCCUACAUAGUAGAAGGACUUCCGUCGACUACCGAGCCUGUCUCGUCCCGUUCAUCGUCGAUUCCAUGA